AUGGCGGAAGCGAGCCUAAGCUCCGAGUUCUCGGAGCCUCCCGGCGUGGCGCGGAGCGCCACACUCAUGCAGCAGUUCGCCGCACGGCUGGGCGCGCAGGGCCGGCCGGUGGUCCUCGUCACGUCGGGCGGUACCAAGGUGCCGCUGGAGGCGCGCACCGUGCGCUUUCUGGAUAACUUCAGCAGCGGGCGGCGCGGCGCGGCCUCGGCCGAAAGCUUCUUGCGCGCCGGCUACGGGGUGCUGUUCCUGCACCGCGCGCGCUCUGCUUUCCCCUUCGCGCACCGCUUCCCGCCGCAGACCUGGCUCUCGGCGCUGCGGCCCGCCCGGGGCGAGGCCGAGGGCUCUGGCGGACGCCUGCUGCUGGAGGCCGAGGCCGCUGCGCUGCCGGGCUUCGCCGACGCCCUGCUCAGCUACCAGGAGGCCGCCGACGCCGGCACCUUCCUGGCCGUGGAGUUCACCACCCUGAACGACUACCUGCACCUGCUGCAGGCUGCGGCCCAGGCGCUCAGCCCACUCGGCCCCUCCGCAAUGUUUUACCUCGCUGCGGCCGUGUCGGAUUUCUAUGUGCCUGCCUCUGAAAUGCCUGAGCAUAAGAUCCAGUCCUCUGGAGGCCCUCUGCAGAUAACAAUGAAGAUGGUGCCAAAAAUGCUUUCUCCUCUUGUUAAAGACUGGGCUCCCAAGGCAUUUGUAAUCUCUUUUAAAUUGGAGACAGACCCCUCAGUUGUAAUUGAUCAUGCAAGGAAGGCUCUGGAGACUUAUCGUCAUCAGGUUGUGGUGGCCAAUAUCCUGGAAUCCCUGAGGUCUUAUGUGGUUAUUGUAACCAAAGACUCAGAAACACAGUUGUCUCUUUCUGACGAAGAAAUGGGAAAAGGUAUGGAAAUAGAAGAAAAGAUUGUGAGUAAUCUACAGUCUCGACACACAGCUUUUAUAAAUGAGAAAAACUGAUGCAAAAACUUGUCUGCUAAAUCUGAAGUUGUGACUUGGACAGUGGCUUGAAUAAGAGGGUAGUACAGAGAAAGGGAAACCAUCUUUUAUUGUCCAUAAGGAAAAGGAAAAUCUGUGGGAAGGUGGAAAAAAGGGUGUUGGAAUAGAGAGGGAAUAUUUAAUUUCAAAUCGGUUUUGUUUUUGUCUUUUAAUGAUUAUUUGAUGCUCUUUCAUUAAAAAUGAAAGUGAAGGCAGACCAGCUCUAGUGUUAUAGAGCUAAACUUAACCACAUCAGGUGGGAAAAGGAAUAAAGGAUAUAGUGUUCUCAUUUUCUAUUUAAAAUAUUUUACUGCAAGCUAAAUAACAACCUCAGCAAAAAACAAUCAAAGGAUAGAAGGAAUAAAAGCCCAAAUAAUAAAACCAUAAAUUCCAAACUUUUCAUGUUUUGAUUAAAACAUGUCCAUGUACAUAAACUUUAACAAAUUAAUGUUUUGUUCUGUGUUCUCUGUUAGUGUUCUCCAUCUCUGUACUUCAAGUUUUGUUGCUUUUAAAAUAUAACCAUAUUAGCGAUUGAUAUUUAUUAUAUCAAAGUGAGGUGAGAUACCACCUUAUAGCCAUCAAAAAUUGGCAAAAAGUAGUUUAAAAUGAUAAAACUUGGGGCAGCUAGGUGGCUUAGUAGAUAAAGCACCAGCCCUGAAGUCAGGAGUACCUGAGUUCAAAUCCAGCCUCAGACACUUGGCAAUUACUAGCCCUGUGAUCCUGGGCAAGUCACUUAACCCCCAUUGCCCUGCAAAAAAAAAAGAAAAAGAAAAAUGAUAAAACUCAAUAUUGCCAGAAUUGUGGGAAAACAAGUGUGGUAUUAAAUUGUUGGUAUUGUUGGUAGAGCUGUUUGCUUUAAAACAGCUCUUUCCAUAUAUCUUUGUAUUCUUUAUUUGCCACUCCUGGGAAAACAAUAGUGUUUUAUGAUUUAUUCCACCAUUUUCCAUUUGCAUGUGGAGGAGGUUUUCAGUUAGUUAUCCCUUCCACAUUGAGACUUUCCUCAUUGAGGUUUUGAUAUAUGGUAGGUUGGCAUAAGAAAUUAAAUGAGAAUUUGGGGGGAGUUUUGCAGAAGCCAGCACACUAUACAGAGCCAAAUACUUAACUCAAAUUAUAUAAUAGAGUACUGUAAACACUUCAUAAAGAAAAAAAUUCAGACUUCUCUGGUAUGAAGGGAGAGCCUAAAAAUUUUAUGUGGAUGUUCCAGAUCAUGGGGGUACUGAGCCCGUAACCCACUCCUUGUCAUCCAUCGGCCCCCCAAGAUGUGGAAGGGAUAACUGUAGUUAUGAAUAUUUUUAAACAACCAUAUUUUUUUUUCCUUUUUAACAAUGCCAUUACAAUGUGUUUCUUGAAAUGAGAUCACUUGAUCUAGGGCUGUGAUCCCUUUUGUGAGUCACAUUCUAUAUAUUUUUUUUAAAUAGUAUUUUUUUCCAGUUACGUAUAAAGACAAUUUUUAACAUUCAUUUAAAAACAUUUUUGAAUUCCAAAUUUUCUCCUUCCUUCCUCCCUAAAAUGGUGAGCAAUUUGAUACCGGUUAUAUGUGGAGUCACACUGCAUAUUACUCUUGCAGCAUGAAAAUAAGAUUUCACCAGUUCACCGCUCCACCAAACAGUUUGGUCAUUGUAAAUGAUAAUUUGAUGGGUAUAUGGUGGUAUCCCUUCACACCUCUAUUUUCCAAAAGGUUUAACUGGGGAUUGAGUCCCCCAAAACAUACUUUAGUCUGGGUAUCCAUCUUACAAACACAGGAAGCAAAUGAUUCAUGAGUGGGCAGUUUGGUCAGUGUGUAUACAAAAAACAAACCAAUUGUAAGUGUGGCAUUUGGCAGAGUUGGCUUAGUAGAGCUAUGAUGUGAAAAUUCAUCUGUUAUUGGACCCUUUUAUUUUGAAAGUACCUUUCUCCCUGCCUGGAUCCAUCAAUGAACACAGUGCCUCAAAAGCUGUUGGUGUUUUGUUUUCAAUGUGUCUUGUGCUUCUGGGCUGUCCUGCACAGAAACUGUUAGCCAGCCAGGUAGGUAAAGGUUGUCAUCUGCCUUUGCCUUCUCACCCGGCAGCUGUGACAUCUUCAGUGCCCUUGAUGGAAUUAUACUUCAAGGAUCCUUUAGUUUCAAGCACUAUAUGCUAGAGUGGCUGGGGAGGAAGGGAGGCCCUACAGAAUCAUGAGGCUUUGGCUUGGGCCCUUAGAAGGCCUGGAGCAGGAGUUUUGGAUCAUCAGCCUUUAGAGUUAAAGCAUUCAGUAUAUGAUCUGGCUCACAGUAGUAGUCCAAAGUGCAAGGUUUCCAGAAACCUGAAGCUGUUGCCUUGAUUCAUAAAUUAGGAAACUGAGGCUUCCAUGAGAGGGUUAUUAUAAGUGUAUUUUUUCUAUUCCUUAAUUCAAUUUUCAUUUCAAAGCAGGAUGAUUGAUUCUUAACAGUGGUUAUACAUCUAGCCAAUGACUUAAGAAGAUGUAUUCACUGGCUGUGAUAAUCUCUCCAUCCUUCCCACCUUACCCUCCAUGAAAAAGUUGGGAAGGACUGAGAAUCAAGAGUUGUUCUGGUUAUAGCUAUGCCAGCCCUAAACUGUGAUGGGGGCUAGAAUCAGGAAAAGACAGUUCAUUUAUUCAGCAGCUAUUAAUUGGAGCUGAGAGGCAUUGUGUGAUGGCUCCAGGGAGAGCUUGGCUCUGUUCUUGCAUCUGAUACAGGGGCUUUGUGGUUUGGGGCAAAUUAUUUCAUCUCAAUGCAAGACUCCAAGACUACUUGCCGAGAAGGUGUGGAGGGCAUUCAGUAAGGUGUUCCCUCUGUCGCUGAAAUCAUAAACACAUUUUUUAAAAAUUGAGUAUCUACAACAUGCAAGGCUUUGUUCUGGAUGGACAUUUAAUACAAGGUGGAAGGUGCUGAAAGCCUAGAAGGGAAGCCAUGAUGUCAGAGUGCAUCAAGGCUCACAGUGGGUGGUUUUCAGGAGAGGGACUGCUGGCUAGCUGGGGACUUCAUAACUAAUUGACAAGUUAGUUACAGGUUGCUAGGCUGCUGUUACAGGAGGGAAGGACAACACAUUUCAGACCAGGAUUCUCUUCUCUUCUCUUCUCUCUAGACCAGCCUGGGUGAGUACUGCACUACUGUCCACAUACAUAGUUUAGGUCUUUGUUGGCCUGCAUUGCCCACUGUUGGUACAAGAAUCAGAGGGCCAUUUCUGACAAUCGUGUCUUCCAAAGUGGAAUUUUAACUCAGACUCUUAAAAAGGGAAGGCAGGUUCAAGUGAAUUGUUACUUUUUAAAUUUGCUUGAAGUUGCAAAAGCUUUCACAUAAUUAAACCAUGAUUUCUUGGGCCUUGGAAAGGACUUUUAAAGAUGAUCUUGCCCAGAUCCUUAUUUUACAGAUUAGUCAACUGAGUUCUAGAAAGGAGAAGAAACUCGGUACAGUGUUAAAUGUCGGAUCUCCUAAUUCCCACCUCAGUGUACGUCUAUGCUGGCUGCCUCACCAUAGCUUUCAUAGUGCUCUCUGAGGGGACAAAUACUGAGAUUCAAAGAUCUGCAGAUGUAAAACUCUCCCAGGAACAUAGGCAUGCACUUUCUUUGCUUUUGUUCAGACUGUCCAGCCUGGACACCAUCACCUCCAGGAAGCCUUCCCUGAUUCCUCUCCGGUUAUAACAAGACUUCCCUCUUGGGCUUUGCAUAGCACUUUGCACCUCUGUUAGGCACUUUUUGUGUACUGUUGUGUGUUGUAAUUAAUUACCUGUGUCAUCUGCCUGCUAGACUCUGCUCACAGAAUCUGAGUGUGAGUCUUGGCUCUGACACUUAUUUUGUGACCUGGGCAAGUCACUCAACCCCUAUGUGCCUCACUUUCCUCUUUUUGAAAAUGGGGACAAUAUUUGUAUUACCUACCUCACAGGGUUGUUGUGAGGAAAACCCUUUGUACAUCCUAAAGCAUUAUGUAAAUUAUUACUCUAAUUAUGCACAGCAUUAUGUUCUCUGUGGGGCCAGGAAAGAGCCCCUUGGAGGAUCCCCUGAAGCACAUUGAUAGAUUUUCUUUCUCUGUCCAGGACUCAGCUAACUUGCAAGUAUUUAUUAAGCAACUACUCUGUGCCGGGCACUAUUUCAGGUCUUGGGCAUACCAAUAUUCAAAUGAAAGUUUCACUCCCUCAGGAGCCUUUUAUUCUACAGAGGAAACAACAGAUAUACAUGUAAGAAAAUAUAAACUAUAAACAAAAUAGUUGGAUGGUACACCAGUUGUUGCAGAGCUGGGCCUCUAAGAGGGAGGUGAGGGGAAGGACACCAGGUCUAGACCUCACUGAGCCAAUGACCCUCACCUGAUUUCCAUAACCAAGGGGCCUUUGGUUCCUCCCAUUGCUUGCUAUCCCAUCCUUUUUCCACCCACUUUACUGGAACCAUGCCAUACCAAUUCCUCCACCUGGCCCUUAUCAAAUCUCCUUUUACAGGCCAACAUUCUUCCCAUGAGGCUGUUUGCUGGUCACAGCUGUAGCUAUGAAACCAACUCCUGAGCACACCUGCUACCUCUAUUCCUCUCCUGCUUAGUAAGUACCAUAUACUCCCCACCAGCUCCAACCCAACCACCUCCUAGUAAUCUCCUGCCCAUUUACCCCAAAGGAGCAAAGGAGGCCAGGAAGAGGCUUGGAAGGAGGCCCAGAGUUACUACUCUACCUUGAUUCAGAUGGAUUGCAGUGCAGUAGCCUGUGUCCUAUGCAGUUUCUUCCCAUGACCUUCACCCAGGGUAUUGGAGGCCUUCCUCUGUUAGGUUAGUCCUCCUGUAGCAUAUCUGCUUACUGGUCAAAGAUAUCACUUGCACACAGAACCACAGUGUCAUAGUUGGAAGGGACCCUGAUGACUCAUACUUGAAAAAGAACUCCAUGCAAAACCUGCCCCUCUUGCGGUCAGCCAGUUUUUCCUGGAGACCUUCAAUGAGAGGGAACUUGCUGCCACUGUCAGACAUAGCCCAUUGCACUAUCCCCAUAUAGCUCUAAUUGUUAAGGAAACAUUUUCUGUUGUGAAUGCUAAAUUUGCCUUUCACUGUCCACUUGCUGCUCCUACUUCUGACCUUUGGGGUAAACAUGGAACAAGUCAAAUCCCUCUUGUAGGUAACAGUGCUUAGAAUACUUCAGAACAGCCAUCAUGACCCCCAAAGCCUUCUCUUCCAGCAGUUCCAUAUUAAGUGCCUACUGUGUACAACUCCCCAUUAUGCUUCUUUAUAUUCCCUGCUGUAGAAACAGAUUUCUUGAUCUUGUUUCCCACACCCAAACGCUCCUUUCCAUUUAACCCAAGAUCAUUCCCAUCCUGCUGUGUCUAACUCUUUUUCUAAUAUUUUUCCAUCCUAUAGCUAGGUCCCUAUCCAAUACUCCCAGGUUAACAGGAACAAGAAGGCAGACUAUCAUUCAUUUGUUUUUAAGACAGUUGAAAAAACUGGUCCUUAGUCACUGUAUACGUGGUGUGUAGUACUGCUUAUCACACGGACUGCUGUGCUCAGAACAUUCUACAAGUACAGCAUGAACUGGAGGGAGGGGUAAGACAUGUUUGAAAGGACCAAUUGGGUGGUGGACAGUUUGUAGGAAGACUCCAAGAACUUAGUGUUUGUUGAAUGAAUGAAUGAAUGUAUUAGCUCCAUAAUGGCCCAGAAAAGAGAGUCAGGCUGAGGGGGCAGCUGGUCUGGAAAGCCCCUAAGUCCAAAGUAGAGUAUACCUCUAUAGACAAGCAGACUGGAGUCAGUCCCUAGGUGGCUCUGUAGAAAUCCUGCCUGAUGAGCAUCUAAGGGACCAGUUGUGGAAACGUGAGAGCACCUGACUUUAUAAUGCCACAUACACACUAUCCUUUCAAUAGCCCAAGAGCUUUGCAAUGCUGGUGUGAUAGAGCUCUCUAUAGCUUUCCAGUGAAGUGGCAGAAUUCUUGUUAUAUUACUAUAACCCAUACUUGUAUCAAUAGCUUUCCAGUGCCAUGUGGGUGAUCCAUAUGCCUUGUCUUAUCUGAAUCUAAUAAAUAAAUGCCUUUGAGAUCUGAAA